AUGCGUACGGUUAACCGGCGCGCCGUUUGCCAGCGUCCUUUUCCAAAAUUAAUAAAUUUGGCAAUACGCGGAGCCAGCGCGGCGCCGAACCCAGUUGUAAUUCCUGGAGUCAGACCUGUGGAGAAAAUUAGAAAUAUUGGUAUUUCUGCUCAUAUUGAUUCGGGAAAGACGACGGUAACGGAGCGAAUCCUCUACUAUGCCGGGCGAAUCGAUUCAAUGCACGAGGUCAAAGGCAAGGACGACGUCGGUGCUACCAUGGAUUUCAUGGAGUUGGAGAAGCAGCGUGGAAUUACUAUCCAAUCCGCGGCGACCUAUAUCGACUGGCAUGGAACGAACAUUAAUAUCAUUGAUACACCUGGUCACGUCGACUUCACGGUAGAAGUGGAAAGAGCUCUACGCGUUUUGGAUGGCGCUGUUCUCGUGCUCUGCGGUGUUGGCGGAGUGCAGAGCCAGACAUUUACUGUCAAUCGGCAACUUUCUAGGUAUAAUGUUCCGUUUAUCUGCUUUGUGAAUAAAAUGGAUCGGACGGGGGCGACUGCAUUCCGAGCGGUCGAUGGGCUGCGAAAAAAGCUUGGUCACAAUGCGUCGCUGAUCCAUUUACCAAUCGGAAAGGAUUCGGAUUUCCGCGGAAUCGUUGAUCUCAUUACCGAAAACGCCUUGUACUAUGAGGGUGAAGGCGGGCUUCUGGUGCGAAAGGACGAGAUUCCGCAAGAACUUCGAGCACAGGCCAAAGAUUUGCGUCAAGAAAUGAUUGAGCACAUUGCUAACGGCGACGAAGAGUUGGGCGAAAUGUUCUUGAAUGAUAUCAAUCCUAGUGUCGACCAAAUCCACGCAGCUAUUCGAAGAGCCGUCGUCAAGCGCGCUUUUGUUCCCGUCCUCGCCGGGUCUGCGCUGAAAAACAAGGGUGUACAAACGAUGAUUGAAUCCGUGGUCCGAUACCUACCCAACCCCUCCGAAGUCGAGAACCGAGCGAGCAUCAAGGAUGGCGACUCCGAAAAAGUCAUCAAACUUGACCAUGCUAGGAAUAAUGUCAAGCCUUUUGUCGGGCUAGCGUUCAAGCUUGAGGCAGGAAAAUAUGGCCAGUUGACGUAUUUCCGGGUGUACCAAGGGCAACUCUCGCGGGGUGACACCGUAUAUGCUAGCAAGGAUGGUCGAAAGGUCCGCGUCCAAAAAUUGGUCCGAAUGCACGCCGCAGAUAUGGAGGAGAUUGAAACAGCGUACGCCGGUGACAUUUGUGCCACCUUCGGGCUUGAUUGUCAUUCCGGAGAAACUUUUUCAAGCAUCCAGGACAACCCACCACAUUGCGAAUCCAUGCACAUUCCCGAGCCUGUCAUCUCCAUGUCGAUCAAGCCGCUGAACAAGAAGGAUGGCGACAACUUUAUCAAGGCGCUGACAAGGUUUACAAAGGAAGAUCCGACGUUCAAAAGAGAGUACAACAACGAGGCCAAAGAGACCGUCGUCAGCGGAAUGGGCGAACUACAUUUGGAAAUCUACGCCCAGCGGAUGAAGAACGAGUUCAACUGCCCAGUCGAACUCGGCAGGCCAACGGUCGCCUAUCGCGAGUGCAUUGCGGCACCCUACAAGUUCCACCACCGUCACAAGAAGCAAACCGGAGGACAGGGUCAAUUUGGACAGAUUGAAGGAAUCGUUGAGCCACUGCCACCAGAUCAGAAUACCGUGAUCAAGUUCACCGACGAAUGCUUUGGAACGAGUAUCCCCAAGAACCUGUUCCCCGCGCUGAAGAAGGGUCUCGACCAAGUCACCCAGGAAGGGCCUCUGAUGAAACAAAAGAUUGCUGGUAUCAAUGUGCGAGUACAGGACGGUGAGACGCAUAUGGUUGAUUCUACUGAAAUCGCCAUGAUCAACACGAUGGCUAACAUGAUGCGCGAGUGCUACGAAAAAGCGGCGUGGCUGCUUCUCGAGCCGAUCAUGAAGGUCGAGGUGACGACGCCAAGUGAUUUCCAGGGAUCUGUCGUCAACACGUUGACACAACGAAAUGCGCUCAUCACCUCCACGGACACGAUCGAUGGCUACACCACGGUCAUUUGCGAGGCGCCGUUGUCCGAUAUGUUUGGCUACACUUCGCUGCUGCGUUCAGUGACCGAGGGCAAGGGGGAAUUCAACAUGGAAUAUUGCCGAUACGCGCCCUGUCCAGCCACCACCCAGGACAAUGUCAUCAGGCAGUGGCAAAUCGACCAGGGCCUAGUCGACCCGAAGGCUGACGCCAAGAAGAAAAAGCGA